GGAGGCAAUAAUGCAGGGCAUACAGUUGUUGUGGAUUCUGUGGAGUAUGACUUUCAUCUUCUGCCAAGUGGGAUCAUCAAUCCAAAAGUCACUGCAUUCAUUGGAAAUGGCGUUGUAAUUCAUUUGCCAGGACUCUUUGAAGAAGCUGAAAAAAACUUAAAGAAAGGAAAAGGGUUGGAAGGCUGGGAAAAAAGACUAAUAAUUUCUGACAGGGCUCACAUUGUAUUUGAUUUCCACCAAGCUGCUGAUGGCAUCCAAGAACAACAGAGGCAAGAACAAGCGGGAAAGAAUUUGGGAACUACAAAAAAAGGAAUUGGUCCAGUAUAUUCUUCAAAAGCAGCUCGAAGUGGACUCAGAAUGUGUGAUCUUGUUUCCGAUUUUGAUGAAUUUUCUGAGAGGUUCAAAGUGUUAGCCAAUCAGUACAAAGCGAUAUAUCCCACCUUAGAGAUAGAUAUUGAAGGGGAAUUGAAAAAGCUCAAGGGCUGCAUGGAAAAAAUAAAACCAAUGGUAAGGGAUGGUGUUUAUUUCAUGUAUGAGGCUUUACAUGGACCACCAAAGAAGAUCUUAGUAGAAGGUGCAAAUGCAGCACUGCUGGACAUAGAUUUUGGCACAUACCCUUUUGUGACUUCAUCAAACUGCACAGUUGGAGGUGUGUGUACAGGUCUGGGCAUGCCACCGCAGAAUGUUGGGGAAGUGUAUGGAGUUGUGAAAGCAUAUACAACCAGAGUUGGAAUCGGUGCCUUUCCUACAGAACAAAAUAAUGAAAUUGGAGAAUUGCUGCAAAUGAGAGGUAAAGAGUUUGGUGUUACCACUGGUAGAAAGAGAAGAUGUGGCUGGCUGGACCUUGUGUUACUUCGAUAUGCCUACAUGAUUAAUGGAUUUACUGCAUUGGCGCUUACCAAAUUGGAUAUCUUGGAUGUAUUUCCAGAAAUCAAAGUUGGUGUUGCAUACAAACUAGAUGGUGAAAUCAUACCUCAUUUUCCUGCCAAUCAGGAAGUCUUAAAUAAAGUAGAGGUUCAGUAUGAGACACUCCCAGGAUGGGAUACGGACAUAUCAAAUGCAAGGACAUUUGAUGAGCUGCCUGUAAAUGCACAAAAUUAUGUUCGCUUUAUAGAAAUGGAGUUGGGUGUUCCUGUUAAAUGGAUUGGAGUAGGGAAAUCCAGGGAAUCAAUGAUCCAGCUGUUUUAAAGAUUUCAGAUGCAUGGAAGAAAGCACACUCCUCAAAAGACUGCUCAUUCUUAAAUGCAUUAGUAGCCCGCAAAGCAAAGAUGUUGGAAAGAUAGAUUUUUGCAUGGAAAGAAAUGCUAGAGUUGAUACCCCCAAAUCAAUCGCUACUCCUGAAAGAGACUUUAACAUGAACCUGUAUCAGUUCUUGUUCAACUGCAGUUUCAAGGACACUUGUCAUUGUUGUUCAAAGUGCCAUCAGAUUUUUUUUUUCUUUACCUAAUAUUUACUUCAUAAUGUAAUUCCUGUUGAAAAUCUAAGGUAGCAUUACUUUCAUGACUGUUUGUUAUCCUCUCUCUGCUUUUGGCGGUGUUACUUCCCUGAAAUUUUAGACAGUAAAAAUAAUGCAGUUUUGCACAGAUAGUUUUACAUCCUCAUUAUUUGUAUUCCUAAAGCUGUUGUAUUCUUAAUGGCUGCUCUUGUGAGUGAUUAAAGAGGGGGAUUCUGAUUUUAUAAUGCUAUAAA